AUAGAAUCAGCUAAACUAACAGCUGUUUCACCAAAACCCCCCCAAACGAAAGCGGUCGAAGUCGAAGGGCACGGAGGGAGAAGGAAACCGAGCAAACGAAAAAAAAAAAAAACAAAGGAAAAAUAAGAAAAAAGGCCCUAUCCUCUUCUCUCUCCCUCACAGUCUCCCCCGACUCUUCCCUUCCGACAAUUCGACCCCACAAUUUCUCCGCAUUUCACUCUCUCUAAAUUCCCCUCUCAAUACUCAAACCCAAUGCCAGCUUCUCCUUCAGAUGGUCGAGGUCGAUGGAAGAAGCGGAAGCGAGAGCGAAGAGCCAAACACCACCAAGGAGAAAACGACGUCGUUCCAGAAGAAGACGAAGAAGACGAAAAGAACAACAACAACGACGACGACCUCGAUAACCACCGUGACAACUCCGGGGACGACGCCGCUGGAGCCUUUACGGAUCCGUCCUUAGCGGGGCCCAGCGAGAGUGAGGUCCUGACAAACGGUGGAAUUCGCAUCUCGGAGUUCCCCGCCGUGGUGAAGCGGACGGUGAAAUGUCCUCAUGGUUCCGUUAUGGCAAUCGUGGCGGCUGAACGGGCGGGUUUGGUUGGGGAUAGUAAGGGGCACCAGCAGGUGGCGAUGGCGGUUUUGGAGAAUGUUUCACAUGGGCAGUUACAGGCGGUUUCGUUGGAAGCUCCCGUUGUUGAUCCGGAGAAGUAUGUGAUUACCCCUCCUCCUAUAAUGGAGGGCUGUGGUGUUGUUAAGAGGUUUGGGAGUAGGGUUCAUGUCGUGCCGAUGCAUUCAGAGUGGUUUUCACCAGCCACAGUGCAUCGACUAGAAAGACAAGUUGUGCCACAUUUUUUCUCUGGAAAAUCACCAGAACAUAUGCCAGAAAGAUAUAUGGAAUGUAGAAAUCACAUUGUUGUCAGAUACAUGGAUAAUCCAGAGAAGAGAAUCACAGUUUCUGAUUGCCAGGGGUUGGUAGAUGGUAUAAAUAAUGAGGAUUUAACUCGAAUUGUUCGGUUUCUUGAUCACUGGGGAAUUAUCAAUUAUUGUGCAGCUGCUCCAAGUCAUGAGUCAUGGAAUGGUGGAUGCUACUUAAAGGAGGAUCCAAAUGGUGAGGUUCAUGUGCCAUCAGCUGCUUUGAAGUCUAUUGAUGGUUUGAUCAAAUUUGACAAGCCAAAAUGUAGGCUUAAGGCAGCUGAUGUUUAUUCAUCAUUGUCAUGUAAUAAUGAUGAUUUCUUUGACUUGGACAAUAGAAUACGAGAGCGCUUAUCUGAAAACCAUUGCAGUUGUUGUUCUCAGCCUAUUCCCACUUCAUAUUAUCAGUCACAGAAGGAGGUUGAUACACUACUUUGCUCUGAUUGCUUCCAUGAUGGGAGAUUUGUUUCUGGUCUUUCAAGCAUAGAUUUUGUUAGGGUAGAUUCAACAAAAGAUUAUGGUGACCUAGAUGGAGAAAAUUGGAGUGAUCAGGAAACAUUGCUACUGCUUGAGGCAAUGGAAAUUUACAAUGAGAACUGGAAUGAAAUAGCUGAGCAUGUUGGCACUAAGUCAAAGGCACAAUGUAUACUUCAUUUUCUACGCCUACCCAUGGAGGAUGGCCUAUUGGAAAACAUGGAAGUUCCAAGCAUGCCCGAAUCGGCAAUUGUUUCAAAUGGAGAUGGCCGUGGAAGAUUGCACUCAAAUAUGAAUGGGAGUUUACCAGGGUCCAGCCUUCAAGAUGCAGAUUCUGAAAGAAGGCUUCCUUUUGCGAAUUCUGGGAAUCCAGUUAUGGCUAUGUCAAAUAGUGGAGUGUUAAGACAAUUUUUUGGUGUUGUAUCAAAGCCAAAUAUAAAGAUAAUUUCCUUACUGCAACAGGUUGCUUUUCUGGCAUCUGCUGUUGGACCAAGAGUUGCUGCUGCCUGUGCCCAUGCAUCCUUGGCAGCAUUGUCUGAAGAUGUACAUAAGGAAGGUUCAGGGCAUGGUAAUAGGUUAGUGCAUGUCGUUGUGUUUCCUAAACCUUCAAUGCUAUUAUGAUGAGGUUCUUCUUUAGUAUCACUUUUAUGGGCAUAUCAUGGCUUCUGGGGGUGUGCAUGGUCUGGGUGGCAGUUCUAAAG